AUGGAUAAUAUGAAUUCACAUACACCUUCAUCUGAAGGUAUUUCUUCAGUACACGUUUCUUCUGAACGUUCGAUACGACAGAAAAGAGAUCUAGCAUGGAAAUAUAUUAGUGAAGGAGCGGGUUUGAAUGGAAAAAAAAUACUGAUAUGCGGGUUUUGCCAAAAGCAAAUUUGUGGUGGCGGUAUUAAUAGAAUGAAACAACAUCUUGCAGGAGCAAAGGGAAAUAUUGAUGCAUGCAAAAAAGUAACAGCCGAUGUUCGUUGUGAGAUGAAAGGGUUAUUAGAAGAAAAUGUUAAAAAGGUUAAUGAAAAGAAAGGGAUUUUUGAGUCAAAUGAUAACUCUACUCAAGAGAGUCCAUCAACUGGAAAAAGAAAAGCGAAUACUCAGUUAGGGUCUUAUUUCAAAAUGGGGUUAAAUGACAAGGAUCAACCUAGUAUCAAAGCAUGUAUGCAAAGCAAGGAAAGAUGGCAUGACGUUGAUAUGGCUAUUGCACUAUGGUUUUAUGAUGCUUGCAUUCCCAUGAAUGCAGUAAAUUCUGCUUUUUUCACUACUGCAAUAAGCAAAAUAGCAGGUAUGGGUCAUGGAUAUACCGGUCCUUCUUAUCAUUCAUUGCGUGUUAAUUUAUUGCAUGAUGCUAAACAACAUGUUUCAUUAAUCAUUGACUCAUUUAGACGCACAUGGAUUGAAACCGGUUGUACUAUAAUGGGAGAUGGAUGGAAAGAUGUUAGGCAAAGACCAUUAAUUAACUUCUUAGUGUAUUGUCCUAAAGGAAUAACUUUUCUUAAAUCUGUUGAUGCUUCAGAUAUUUACACAAAUGCAGAAACUUUAUGCAAUUUAUUUGCAGAAAUUGUAGAAAUUGUGGGUCAUGAAAAUGUAAUUCAUAUGGUGACUGAUAAUGGUGCUAAUUAUAAGGCUGCCGGUGCUAAACUUACCGAAAGGUAUUCUCAAAUUACAUGGUCACCAUGUGCAGCUCAUUGUGUUAAUUUAAUCCUUAAAGAUGUCGGAGAAAUUCCUAAUGUUCAAAGUUUGGCUACUCUUGCUUCGAAGGUGACUGUGUUUGUUUAUAACCACAAAUGUACCUUGAAUUGGUUAAGAAAAAGACCCGGUUGGAGAGAAAUUAUUCGCCCAGGAGCUACUCGAUUUGCCACAACUUUUAUUGCUUUGCAAAGCUUAUAUGAGCGUAAGGAUCACUUACAUGCCUUGGUUAUUGAUACUGAGUUCAAGAAAUUUUUGAAAAUGCAGAAAGGUAAAGAAGUUAAACAAAUUGUUCAAGAUGGGAAUUUUUGGAAUAAUUGUUUGAUGAUUGUGCGCAUUAUGGGGCCGAUAAUACGUUUGUUACGUAUUUGUGAUACUGAUGAAAAACCAACAUUAGGCUAUGUUUAUGAGGGUAUGUAUCGAGCAAGAUUGGCUAUUAAAAAGUUAUUCAAGAAUAGAAAGACUUUAUAUAAGCCAUAUACUAGCAUCAUAAAGCAGAGAUGGGAUCGAAUGUUGCGUCUUGAUCUUCAUGCUGCAGCCUAUUAUUUGAAUCCGGCUUUUCAAUAUGAUCAAGAAAAUUUCUGCAAGAAACCAGAAAUCAUGCGAGGACUCUUGAAUGUGAUUGAUAAGCAAAAUGCUUGUAGCAAAACGAAGAUGGCCGAUGAACUGAGAUAUUUUAGAGACACUACUAAAAUGCAGCAAUAUUUUUGCUUUUCGGCUUUUAAUUAA